AGAGUAUUAAAAGCAGUCGUUCGGAGAGCUGUAAGAAGAAGUAGCUCCACACAUUGUUGAUAUGAUAUUAGCUAUUAGAAACAAAUUAUAAUUUCAGACUCAGCUGCAAAACAGACCUACGUGUCAUUUUGCUUGACAGGAGGCGAGCUGGUAAAGGAUGGUGCAGCUGCACGUGAAGCGCGGAGAUGAGAGUCAGUUUCUGUUCAACACGUCAACGGACGCUCCUCUGGAAACGGUGAUCCAGCAGGUUACAGCCAUUUACAACGGCAGGCUUAAAGUGGACAGAAUAUGUUCAGAAAUCCCAGAGCUCGCAGAUCAUGGCGUCACACUCCCACCCAACAUGCAGGGACUGACAGAGGAGCAGAUUGUGGAGCUGAAACUGAAGGAUGAAUGGGAAGAACGAUGCAUUCCAAGUGGAGGGGAAGUUUUUAGGAAGGAUGAGAUUGGGAGGAGGAAUGGACAUGCCCCAAAUGAUAAAAUGAAGGACGUGUUGAUGAGGACAGUGGAGGAGGCAAAAGCUCUCAUCUGUAAAAAACAGGUUCAAGCUAAUGUUUGUGUCACCAUGGAAAUGGUCAAGGAAGCGUCGGAUCAGCUAAGGGGUGCUGUCAUGAUUGUGUAUCCAAUGGGGCUGCCUCCUCAUGACCCAAUAAGGAUGGAGUUUGAAGAGCAGGAAGAUCUGUCAGGGACACAGGCAUCUCUGCAGGUGAUCGCAGAGGACGAAUGCCAGCUUUGGUGGGCUGGUAAAGAGAUGCAGAGAGGGAAAAAGCUGCAGGACUACAUCGGAAAAAAUGAAAAGACAAAGCUUGUGGUCAAAAUCCAAAAGAAAGGACAGGGGGCGCCAGCGAGAGAGCCCCUGAUCACAGAGGAGCAGCAGAAACAGAUGAUGAUGCAUUAUUACAGACGGCAGGAAGAACUCAAGAAACUGGAGGAGGCAGACGAUGAUAGCUACCUGGACUCCGAGUGGUCAAACAGGCAGGCCCUCAAAAGACAGUUUCAGGGCCUUACUAAUAUCAAAUGGGGGCCAAGGUAACACAGUGACUCUGAAAACCUGCCCUACAGAUGCUCCUGUGAAUGUAUCUCUGAAUACAGCUGGCCAAGACUGCCUUAUAUCAACCUGAGAAAGGUUUCCUCUCCGUCUUACCCGGGGUCUCUUAGAUAUCAUUUCCUAUACAGCCGAUGUGUUCCUAUAAGUUGCGUUUGCUCAUUUUUGAUCAGAUGCAAAUUCCUUUAAUCCAUCUGAUAUGACUUUUUUUCGUGCUAUACUUGAUGAACAUUGGUUCAAAAUUUCUGUAAUAAAAGCUUUGUUGUGCUGUUUUUAAAAACCAAUAAAAUAAUUGUUUCCAGGGUU